UUCCCACCUGCACUGACCCCCACCCUGUGUGUCCCCCCAGGAUGCUGCCCAUCACAGAGCACCUGCUGCACCUCCUGGGACUGGAGAAGACGGCGUUCCGUUUGUAUGCCCUGUCCGGGCUCCUUCUCUCCCUGCUCUUCUUCUUCUUCCGUCUGCUGCUGCAGUUCCUGAGGCUCUGCUGGCACUUCUAUAUCACCUGCUGCCGACUGCGCUGCUUCCCCCAGCCGCCCCGGCGCAGCUGGCUGCUGGGCCACCUGGGCAUGUAUCUCCCGAAUGAGACGGGCCUCCAAGAUGAGAAGAAGGUGCUGGACAGCAUGCACCAUGUGAUCCUGGUGUGGAUAGGACCUGUCCUGCCACUGUUGGUUCUGGUGCACCCUGACUACAUCAAGCCCCUGGUGGGCGCCUCAGCUGCCGUUGCCCCCAAGGAUGACCUUUUCUAUGGCUUUCUGAAACCUUGGCUGGGAGAUGGGCUGUUGCUCAGCAAAGGGGACAAGUGGAGUCGGCACCGCCGCCUGCUGACACCUGCCUUCCACUUUGACAUACUGAAGCCCUACAUGAAGAUCUUCAACCAGUGCGCCGAUAUCAUGCAUGCUAAAUGGCAGCGCUUGGCAGAGGGCUCAGAAGUCUCCCUUGACAUGUUUGAGCAUGUCAGCCUCAUGACCCUGGACACUCUUCAGAAAUGUGUCUUCAGCUACAGCAGCAACUGCCAGGAGAAGAUGACUGAUUACAUCUCGGCCAUCAUUGAGCUGAGCGCACUGGUGGUCCGGCGUCAGUAUCGCCUGCACCACCACAUUGACUUCAUCUAUUACCGUACAGCAGACGGACGGCGUUUCCGGCAGGCCUGUGACACCGUGCAUCACUUCACCACGGAGGUCAUCCAGGAGCGGCGGCGGGCGCUACACCAGCUGGGGGCUGAGGCCUGGCUUAAGGCCAAGCAGGGCAAGACCUUGGACUUCAUAGAUGUGCUGCUCCUGGCCAGGGAUGAAGAUGGGAAGGAACUGUCAGAUGAGGACAUCCGAGCUGAGGCAGACACCUUCAUGUUUGAAGGUCAUGACACGACAUCCAGCGGGCUCUCGUGGGUGCUGUUCAACUUGGCCAAGUACCCAGAGUACCAGGAGAAGUGCCGGGAAGAGAUCCAGGAAGUCAUGAAAGGUCGGGAGCUGGAGGAACUGGAGUGGGAUGACCUAACCCAACUAUCCUUCACCACCCUGUGCAUCAAGGAGAGCCUCCGCCAGUUCCCACCUGUGACCCUGAUCUCCCGCCGCUGCACGGAGGACAUUAAGCUCCCAGAUGGGCGCAUCAUCCCCAAAGGAAUCAUCUGCCUAGUCAGCAUCUAUGGGACCCACCAUAACCCUACAGUGUGGCCUGACUCCAAGGUGUACAACCCCUAUCGCUUUGACCCGGACAACCCACAGCAGCGCUCCCCGCUGGCUUACAUGCCCUUCUCUGCAGGACCCAGGAACUGCAUCGGACAGAGCUUCGCCAUGGCUGAGAUGCGCGUGGCCGUGGCGCUGACGCUGCUGCGCUUCCGCCUGAGCGUGGACCGAACGCGCAAGGUGCGGCGGAAGCCCGAGCUCAUUCUGCGCACAGAGGAUGGCAUUUGGCUCAAGGUGGAGCCGCUGCCUCCGCGGGCCUGCGGGUCGGCGCGCCCCUGAGGAUCCCCCGGGGGCCCAAGCCCCGCCCAGAGAGGCCCAGGUUCCGCCCCCGAGGGCCCAGGCCCCGCCCUCAAGAUCCUGAGGGCAUAGACCACGCCCGUCGAAGUCCAGGCUCAUUAAGCAGCCUGGUGGCGCAGGUCACACCCACUUAAGGCAAGGCUCCGCCCCUGGAGGGUCUGAUCCCGCCCCCUGAGGUCCAGGUCCCGACCGCUGAAUGCCAGUUUCUGCCCUCUUGUUUCAAGGACCAGGAUUGGCCACUCCCCUCGGGUUUAGGCCCCGCCCCAGCAUCCUUCGGAUUCAGGCCUUCAGGCUCCGCCCAUUGAGCCUUCCAAGGACCUAAGACCUGACACCUAAGGCCUCCGGGAUACAAGCCCAGUCUACUUCAGAUCCCGGCUGGCUUUUAAACUGAGGAUUUGAGAACUGGAGCCUGAGAUCAGAACCUUGAACCGAACAUCACCUUCUUGAGGCCCCCAGCUCAUGUGGAUAACUCCUCAGGAAUUGGGUUGCAUCCCAGGGCCCACGCUGUUUGUUGUUGAUUUGUAAACCCAGACUCUCCCUUUCAAGCUCCUUCCUUCCUCCCUUGCUCAAAGGCCCUUUGCUGAGUGUCCUGAUUUUUGCAGAAUAAAAGCAAGGGAUGCAGACAUCCCCCAUCAUCCAUCCCCUAGCCAGGUCAGAUCCUUACACCUGGAUUCCAGCAAGGAAAUGAGGGGUCCUGGACAGUUGGGAAGCUGUGGGCUAGGAGGCUGGGAAGCCAUUUGUCUUCGGACAUAAACUCAGACUUUUGGGGACAGUUUGUGCAUUCAUUUAUUUCAACAUACUGCAUAGUAAGUGUCUGCUGGCACUGGGCCAGGAGCACAACACCAGGCAAAUUUCUGCCCUCAGGAGGUUGGGCGGGGGCAUAUGUUGGACAAAUAAUUCCAUGGGUAAAAUUAUUUGCGACCUGUGACAAGAGAGGCCUUGGUGCUGCACAAGCGUAAUGGGGGUGGAGGGUGGCUCAAGGAAAACUACUCUGAUGCUGAAGUUGGAGUAAAAGUUGAGUGGUGACAAGAGAGAAAAGAGCAUUCCAGGCAGCAGGAACAGCAUCUGCAAAUGUCCUGAGGUGGGAGAGAGUGUGGUAUGCUUGUGGAACUCACAAGGGGCCAGGGUGGCUGGAUCUGGGGAGUGGGGGCAGAGUGGAGGAAUGGUGCGCAGGGCCCAACAGCACAAGAACUGUGGGCCGCAUCACAGUUCAGGCUUUAUGCAGAGGGUAAUAGGGAGCUAUAGAGUGUGUGUGAGCAGGGGCAGGGGAGGUUAUGGUCAGAUCUGGGCUGUCAGGGAGGUGGCUGGGAAAGGGUGUACAGGGGGCUGGAAACUCAGGGAAGAGAGAGGCUGAGUUUGUGGGGAGAGGAGGAGUGACUAUCUAGCUGUGAGGGCUGAGGGGAGGGAGGAGGUAAGGGUGAUUGCCAAGUCUUUGACUGGAGGAGUAGUGCCUGAUAUGGUGCUAUAGAAGGUGGGCCAAUGACAAUAAUCAUAUAAUAAUCAUAUUAAUUCAUCAACUAUUUUUUGAGCAUCUGCUGUGAGCCAGGCAGUGUUUGAAUCCUUGCGUCCUUGACAUUCUAGAGGGGGAAACAGAUGACAAGUGAUAAAUAAGCAAAUAAAUAAGUUCACACAGCCUUGGAGGUCAUUGAAAGGAUUUUGAGUUUUAUUGUGACAGAAGUGGGGAGCCAUGGAGGGUUCUGAGCAAAGGAGGGACAAGAUUUGUCUUACAGUCUUGGGUUGCUACAUUGAAUAGAGACUGUGGCAAGGAUGGGAUGAGGGAGAUCAGAUUGGUGGGGGGGUGAUGUGAGAUGAUGGUGCCUCUACCCAAGCUGGGAGCUGUAGAGGUGCAAAGGGGUGGUUGGAUUAUGAUGAGAAAUGGUUGUUUCAUGAAGGUAGUGCUGGCAGGUCUGCAGAUGGUUGGAAUGUGGGGUUUGGGAGGAUGGGAGGACCCCAUGUUUGGGUCUGAGCACCUGGAAAGAUGGAAACACUAUCAGUUGAGAUGGAGAACCCCAAAUGGAGUAAGUGGUGUUUUUUUUUUUUUGGUGGGUGGGGGGAGUGAGGUGGGGGUGAGAUCAGCCUGUUAGUUUGAGCCAGGAGGAGCUGGAGAUGUCAGGCUGCCGGGUGGAUAGAUGGGUCCUGAACUUGGGAGAGAGUUCAGGGCUGGUGAUGUACAUCUGGGGAGGCUCAGUGUUUACAUGUUGUUUUAAAAGCCUCAGGACUGGGUGAGAUCAUCUGGGGUGUGUGUGUGUGUGUGUGUGUGUGUGUGUGUGUGUGUGUGUGUGUAUACAGAGGAGGGGUUUAAGGACCAAGCCCCAGGGGUCUCCAGAGUUAAUAAUGAGAUAUGAAUCGAUUGAAUGCUUCCUGUGUGCCCUUCCCAGAUAUUCUCAUUUAAUUCUCAAGGGAACUCUUAUCAUGAAAUGGGUACUGUCACUAUCUCAUUUAACAGAGGGGGAAACUGAGUUCCCCACAGUGAAAUGACUCACCUAAGGUCCUACAGCGAUAUCCUUGGGACCUCAGAGGGGGCCCUGAGUUCUUUCCUACCCCAUCUCUCGGGCUCCUCGUCCUGGCUGGGUCCCUAGCCCCUCUUUGCCCAGAAGAGGGUGUCCGCAGGGAUGGGGUAGGGGUGGGGGAGCGUGGAGGAG